UAUUUUCAACUGAGAAAAUGGAAUGGAAGAGCCGAAAGCUGCCCCGAACCCACCAACCGCAACAGCAAACGCUGCCGCUCCUACACCGCAGCCUCCACCUACAGUACCAGAACAGCCAGCUAGCAAGAAAAGACCUCUAGAAAACAGCAAUGACCAGUACCAAAACUCUCCGUACUGCAAGAUACGCCUUUUUCUCAAAGAUCUUCGUCUCAUUUCAUCGAGGUUCUUCGAGUGUCUGAUUUUCAAAAUUGCAAGGCCGCCGAUGAAAUCAAAGAAAAGACAGCAUUUAUUGGAAUUGUACAAGCAGAUGUUAGCCUCCAUAGAGAAAAGUAAACAAUGCACCCGGAGGCCAGACACUUCAAGUUGAAACCGGAAUGAAGCAGAAACCCCAGGAGCAGCCGCAAGUCGUUAAGCCAGCACCAGCAGUAUCAUCCAAAACCAAGACUUUCCAGUCAAGUAGUGUCACAGGGAAACUACAAUCUGAAGACAGUGAACCUCAGGGGUCAGAUAUUGUUGGGGGCUCGGCUUUUGGGUGGAACUUUAUCACCUUUACAGGGAACAAACCAGUCUAUUAUGGAUUAACAAAGGAAUAGUUUCGAAGUGCUCAAGCAAGUUCAGGUUUAGGGGGAGAGUGAAAGUCUUUCUGAUAUGUACUGUGGGCUAAAUAUUGCAUAAACAGUAAAUGCUUUUGGAGCUCAACCUUUAUAUUAUUAACAUUGGGGGAUUGUCAUUUGU